GAUUGCCAAAGUAACGGCGGAGCCCCUUGAGCUCGUGGCACGGCUCCGCCGCGCUGCCGUGGCCGCUGGGCACGGAGGCCCCGCUGAGCUGCGCUGCGGCUUACGCCUGACGAGUGGCUCCGAGGUGCUGCGCGACAGUGCGACCCUGUUGGAUUCGGGCCUUGGAGAUGGCGGCACGGUGGACGUGGUGAAGGUGCCGGCGCUCGAGCUCUGGCGCGAGAGCAAGAUCGCUUGGAACUCGAUCCAAAUUCCGCUGACCGGCCCGCUCUGCGAGGGCGUCGAGGUGCAGCAAGUGGGUCGCGAUCGCCUCCUAGCAUUCCCAGUUCGCCCGGCCUGGCGGAAGUAUGAUGACAGCCGUGGCGAAGAUGGUGGAGCUUCCGCGGGGUGUUGCUGGCCAGGGCCCCCUGAAUACUCGGAUUUCAUCGGCCCCUACGAGAUCAAGCGUUUCGAGGCCUCGGACGUCUGGUUGAUCGGUGCCAACGAGCCCUUCGCAUUGGAGGGCUCUGUGCCGACCAGCUCUGGCUACAUCAGCGCAAGAAGGGUCCCCUUACCUCUGCCGGAGGGUCACGGCAUCCACGCCUUCAAGCUGGAGAACGGCUGCGCCACCGUGCUGAUGGCUCCGGGGUUGCCGGGUGAAGCCAUGGAGGGCCUGAAGGAUGGGAUGCUUCAGAAAUUCCUCCUCUAUGGACUGGAGGAGGACGAUAUCCGCGCGGCCCGUUUCCAGGCAGAAGGUGCUCCUGUUCCCUUCAAGUUUAAGUUCCCAGCCGUGUUCCAUGGGCAUGAUCCUCGUGUGGAGGGCUAUAACCCGGUUCUGCGCAACUUCGACUGGCAGGAGGGCGACAAGUCCGACAGUGGCAAAUUUGCCCCACGAAGCACACUCAGUGAUGCCGGGAUCUUUGGUCGUGAUCGCUGCGGCAAGCUGCUCGCCCGAGUUUGCGCUCAACAAGAUCCCGGUUGGGAUUAUUCGCGGGAGUUCAAGUUCGAAGUUUGUGAACUGCAAGAAGGAGGGGAGCCGAAGCCGCUGGCCACCUGGAAAGCCGUGGGCCAUGUUGGCCACACCUGCCAGGCUUUGGGGGACCGCCUCUUGCUGAUGCCAACCCGUUCUGGUGAGGACGCUUUCUAUGAGAGCAUGCAGCUGAUCGAGUGGCCUACGCAGAGCCAAGUGCGCGAAAUUCCCCUCGAGUUUUCCCCGAGCUACAUUGAAGGCGAGUGGCCGCGUGGGAUCUUGUCGGGGAGCACGCAGACUUUUUUUACCUGCCACGAGACGGACGAUAAAGCUCAAACCGUGUUCGAGUUCGCGACUCCGGAGAUGUGA